UUGGCGGGAAAUUCUCGCCUCUCGCGAGUUAACUGUGCGUCUGAUUGUUUGGCCAACAACAUUCAUUUUGGAGUGUCCUGAAAUCAAAAUUCAGAUAUGAACAUUUUUAAAAUCUUUAUCUGUUCCUUUUUUCGCUGACAGGACAAUGGGAAAACCAAAAUUGAGCAAAGGAGCUGGAAAGCGAGCAAGAAACAGCUCUGAAGAAGAGGAAAGAAGCCCAUCUCAGCAAACCAUCAAGAGUUACUUUGGCAAGGAGACCUGUCAACUUUGGACUACAGUGGGGCAAGAAUUUAAAGGAAAUGGAAAAAGGAAGAGCCUCAAAUUAUCAACAAAAAAGAAAGAAGAUAAACCUAACACAUUGGCUGCAAGUAGGAAUGAAAAAGCAAGAAGUCCACCACAAAGUUGGAAAGGAAAAACUGACCAAAAAUGUUUUACAAAGAUUGUGAAUCAAAAUCAGAUUUUAACAUCAUCACCAAAGAAUGUGCAGACCAAGAGUAAUGGUGAUAUGUCAUCUCUUUCCUCUGAAACCAAUCAGCCUUCUCUUGCUCAUGAGAAUAAUACAUUCAACAAUUUUUUAUUGCCAUCACCAAUAUGCCAGAUGAGAAACAAGAGGAAUACACUGAUGAACAGAUUUAAGUGUAAUCUUGCAGUCAACAGCACAGAAGCAACAGUUGUUGAAGAUGAUGAUUUCAUUCCACCAACACCAUAUCCAAAUGGACAACAUAGUUUUAUCAGCUGUUGUCCUGAAAGUACCCCAUUGUUGCAUAAUGAAAGCAGAAUGUCCAAUAUUCUCAACCACUCCUCUUCUGCAAAUUAUUACAAAACUAGGCCAAGUGAAAGAGGAACUGCUAAAAUUAAAAGGGAGGUCUUUGCUGGGAACAAUCCUAUCAAAGGAGAGGAUAACCAAAUGUUAACUGUCUUAGAUAUAUCUUUACCUUCACAUAACUCUGUUGAGUCUCAAGCGACAACACAAGCAACUAGUCAUAAAAAGUAUAAGCUUUCCAGGAAGGGGUAUAAGCCACCCAGGGUACUGUCAAGUCCCCUAAAAAAGUACACCAUCGGUGCAUCAGUUGGUAAGUCACCAAAGAGUCAAUCACCCACUGGAAACCAGGCAGAUUACCAGAAAGAGUCUCCUUCCAUUAUUGCACCAUCAAAGUGUGUUGUUCUAAGAUCAAGGAUGAAAAGAUCAGCAGCCAAGGGAAGUUCUCCCCUACAGAAGAGACAAUUAACAGAAUGUCCUUCACAAGAAAAGAAUGCAGUGAAAUGUAACCUUUGGGAUAGAAUAGAUGAGGAUAUGCUCUCUAACUCUCCCAGAGACAAUGAAGGGCAACAAGAUACAGAUCAAGAACAGUACAACUUCACAAACCAUCUGGUUGAAAAUAGAAAUAUGAUAAAACAAUACACCAUGGACACAAGCUUAGAAAAUUGCUUUCUUGAUGAAGAAUUAUUGGAAUGUGAAGAAUUAUCUGAUGAGAGAAACCACGUGGAAUCCUACAGUAGUACAAAAAAUUAUUGUGGUACAGAAGGGAUGGAAAAGUGCAGCUCAAAUUUUGGAAGAGAUGGAAAUGAUCAAUUUAAAACUCCAGAGAAAUCAAAGUCUUGUCAAAUUCUGCAAUCAUUCAAAUCUUCACCAUGCAAUAACUUGUCUGGGCAGUUGCUUACACCUACAAGGGCAGAUGGAAAUACCUCAGUGGACAGUCUUGCUGAUGCUGUAGAGUUGGAUAAUUUACUGGAUGGUGUUAAAUGGUCACCUAUGGUCAGCUUCCCCGAAACAUUUCACAUUUCAAGCAACAGCAGUUCAUGUAAAGCACUCUUCUCUCCUAUCAGAAACACAGAGCAGGCUAAUACAAUAUCUAAGGAUCUCCAGGAUAAAUGCAACAUUACUCAUAUUGGCUGUCACUCCUCAUCUGGUACAAAUGGCUAUAGUCGCUUCUUAGUGCUGGAGGUGUCUCGCAGAGAACUGCAAGGCCAAGAAGUUGAGGCACAGUAUGGUAGACAAUUACCAGAGAAGGUUCUUCGUUUAUUUGAUGAAACGUUGAGUCAAGAAAAGUUCUGUAGUUUAAGGGAAGACUGGGAGAUGAGUGAAGUUGAACCUGGUGACAUUGUACACAUUACAGGAUUUUUUGACUCAUCAUCGGCGACAUGUAUACUGGAUAACUCAACUGAACACUAUCUUGUCAUCCACCCUGAUACUUUAGUAUCUGGAACUACUGUUUCCAUGGCGACUAAGUGUUUACGGCAAGGCAUACUUAAUGAGCAAUUCCGCACUGAAAGCCAAAGUGAGGCAAUGUUGAUUGGAACACUUCUUCAUGAUCUGUUUGAUCUGGCCAUGGAGUCUAAGGAAUUUUCUCCAGAUCCUCUGUUAACAAGAGCAAGAAGCCUUCUUCAAAAGCUUUCUUACCUGGAUGACUUCUACAGCUUGGGACAGACAGAGAGUUGGGCCUUGGAGAAACUAAAGGAACAUAUUCCACAUCUCUGUGACUGGGCUAAGAAAUUCGUGGUUCCUUUUCCCCAACCUGAUCUAGGGGCAAUGGAUUUUAAGACCCCUGCGUACCCUCAUGAGACUGAACAACCAAGUAUCUGUGUAUCAGCAUUGAAGGACAUAGAAGAAAAUAUCUGGUCACCACGAUAUGGACUUAAAGGUAAAGUGGAUGCCACUGUUGAGGUUAAAAUUGAUCGAAGACCUAAAAUCAAACGGCACAGGCCUGAUACAGGAAAUCAAGUGCAGACUAAAGUGAUGCCAUUGGAACUGAAGACUGGUAAAAUGUUCACCAAACUAGGAUCAAUCGAGCAUCGAGCACAGGUGAUUCUUUACACCUUACUCAUGUCUGAUCGAUAUUCUCAAGCAGUUGACUCUGGGUUACUGUUUUACAUGAAGACAGCUCAUAUGCUUAGUGUUCCGGGUUUCCUUCACGAGAAGAGAGCCCUUAUCAUGAAAAGGAAUGAAGUCGCACGCUACUUGACACUGAACAGGGCUGGAGCUACAGGAUCUAUGCCAGCAAUGUUGAAAGAUCACAAUACCUGCAAGCGAUGUCCUCAGGUUCAAAACUGUACCACUUUUCACAAAGCAGCCGAGCAAGGAGACGGUGUGACAAGUGGUCUGGGAUCAUUAUUUAACGAGAUGACCGACCACAUGUCCAGAACCUACGUACGCUACUUCAGAGACUGGUAUAAAUUGGUUUGUCUGGAAGGCAAGGAGAUGGAACAGAAAAGAAACCGUAACGAGAUUUGGUGUUUGGACGGAAGCGAAAGGGAAAAUCUUGGUCGUUGUUUUAGCGGCAUGGUUCUGAAGUCAUGUGGUCCCGACAUGGUACAAGGGGGCAGUCAUUAUUACAGACACAACUUCGAGCGCUGUGCAGACCAUCCUAGCGUGAUGUCAUUACAGAAUGUGCCAAUUAUGGCGGGUGACCGUGUGAUUUUAAGUGAGGAGAAUGGUACAGCCAUAGCAGUCGCAGCGGGGUACAUCCAUGAAGUGAAGAAAAACGAAGUUGUUGUCUUACUAGACAGAGAUUUGACGAAAAGUUAUGGUACAAAGACUAAAGAAACAAGCUCAAAACUCUAUCGCCUUGACAAAGACGAGGAGUAUAGCACUCAAACAAUUCUGUGGUCCAACAUGGCAAAACUGUUCAAAGGAGACUCAGACAGAGACGCUCACCUGCGUCGCCAAAUCGUAGACUUGGAACCACCGGCGUUUUCAAGGAAAAGACGGAAUGAUACAGUUACCAUGUCCAGUCAGACAUCAGAUAUCGCUCAGUUCUUCUCUCAGCUAUCACCGUCUCAAGGCAGCAAAAGCCAGAAGUCCUUACCUGACCCAGCUGUGGAGUCUAUCCUACAGGAGCUGAACUCGGGGCAGCGGAAGGCGGUAUCUAAAGCCCUUGCAGCCCAUCACUAUGCGCUGAUCUUAGGUAUGCCAGGAACAGGGAAGACAACAACCAUCUCCUGCCUGGUUCGUGUGCUGGUGGCAAGUGGUAAAUCAGUUCUACUCACUAGCUAUACCCAUACUGCUGUGGACAACAUUUUGCUCAAGCUUAAAGAGGCCAAUAUGGAUUUUCUUCGUCUUGGCCAGGUUCAUAAAAUUCUUCCCGAAAUUCGGUCAUACAGCGCGCACCGGGCAGCUGCUGGCAUCAAAACUGUUGAUGAACUAAGGCAGUUGUACGAGUCCAAGUCCGUAGUCGCGACCACCUGUUUGGGUGUAAAACACGCCUUGUUCUCUCAGCGUUCCUUUGAUUACUGUAUAGUGGACGAGGCUUCACAGAUUACCCAACCCGUUUGUAUUGGUCCUCUAAGGCAUGCUCGCGUCUUUAUCUUAGUGGGCGAUCAUUAUCAGCUGCCACCCUUGGUGCAGAGUGUAGAAGCUAGAGAGGGCGGUAUGGACGUAAGUCUGUUUAAACGCCUUUCAGAACGACACCCACACGCCGUUGUUAGCUUAGAGCAUCAGUAUCGAAUGAAUGAAGAGAUCAUGGACCUGUCCAAUACACUGAUCUAUGAACACAAGCUUAAAUGUGGUACACAAGACGUGGCACGGGCAGUCUUGGAGCUGCCUAGCUGGGACGAAUUUUUUUGUUUUGUGAAGGAGAAUACUGCUGACAUCAAAGGUAACUGGAUUAUAGACGCACUCUUACCCAGUCGACCAGUGGUGUUCUUAGACACGGACGGUGUCCCCGCGCCGGAGUCUCGCUCAGAAUACUUAGUGUCCAAUGAGACAGAGGCUGCGAUCGUUCACCAGCUAGCUUGCGCACUCCUGAAAGCCGGCCUCCAGCCCGCGUCACUUGGUAUAAUCUCACCGUACAGGCACCAGCUCAAGCUCAUAACGCAGGUUUUUCGUCGAGACGCCGACACUAAACAGAACGAAAUCGAGAUCAACACCGUAGAUAAAUAUCAAGGUCGAGACAAGGCCUGCAUCAUUGUGUCAUUAGUUCGUAGUAAUGAGCAUUCCAACGUAGGAGACCUGCUGAGGGAUUGGCGCCGAGUCAACGUAGCUGUAACUCGCGCCAAGCGGAAAUUGAUUUUGCUUGGUUCGCUCAUGACACUCAAAGGAAGCUUGCUGCUCCAGGAGCUUUUUGAUCUGUUGGAGCAUAAAGACUGGGUGCAAGGUAUACCUUACGAUGGGCAUAAGAUGUUCGAGUUUAUUGCAAAAUCACCCCAGACUUCCCCCGUCAAAAGCCUGGCGACCAAGUAGCCUGCUAUAAGAAUUAUGAAUUUUUGCCAAACUUUUGGCAUAGUCAUUACUUGCAAAUGAAUGUUUCAAUUUAUGAUUUGCUUACAAUUGUUAAUCGCUGGUCGAAUGAUAAGUUUUGCGCGGUUAAUUUCCUCGUCUCGUGGUUUUUUACAGAUCUGUUUCGCUGGCCGAAUAAUACUUGCAUUGAGUGUAACAUCACAUUUGUCAGCAUGAUUUUCAGUUAACACGAUAACU